AUGGCCUUCAUAUCCUCUCCAUCCCGCUUUUCUUUUCUCCAUUUCUUCACUUUCAUCCUCCUUGCACAAGCAAAACCAAAUUUCCUCACACCAAAUCACCAUGGCUCUCAAUUGCUCAUUAUCCGGAAAGUCCUAGGAAUCCAUACACAAAGCAGCUUCACACCACAGGUAACAGUCCCAAGACGCUACAACUUUCUUGAAAAAUCACCAGACCACCCUCGCGGCUCAAGCAAGAAAACCAUUACUGGAUGGGCUCUGGGCAUCCUAGCUGGGAUAUUCGUAGGCGGUUCAUUUGGGGUUCUCCUCUCUUUUCUCUACAAGUUCCGAUCUUUAGUCCGUGGAGACAAAAAACACUCGCGCCUCACAAUUUUCACCACAACAUUCAUCAAAAACCCCACGGAAUUAGCCUUCUUGGAGCAAGAUGACGCGCUGGAAUCCCUGGAAAUGAUCGGCUCAGGCGGAUGCGGAAAUGUAUACAAAGCAGAAUUACCCAGACUCCAAAAGUCCAUCGCCAUAAAGAAGAUCAAAUACGAUAGAACUGCAGAAGAUAAUGAUGAUGCUAGCAACAACAAGAAGAAACAAAAUCAGAUAAGAUCAGAAAUUCAGACAGUUGGGCAGAUCAGACACCGGAAUUUGCUUCCCCUGCUAGCACACAUGGCCAAACCAGACUGCGAUUUCCUUGUUUUCGAAUACAUGGAGAAAGGGAGCUUACAAUCUGCGCUCCUGCAAGAGGACCCCGAAUUCGAUUGGCGAAAACGGCACAGAAUUGCAGUGGGGAUAGCAUCUGGGCUAGAGUAUCUCCACAUGAAUAAUACCCAACGCAUAAUACACAGAGAUUUAAAACCAGAAAACAUCCUCCUUGAUUUUAACAUGGAACCCAGAAUAACAGAUUUUGGGCUAGCCAGGAUUCUCCCCAACAAUGACACGCAUAUCAUAGCAUCUGGUGCGGAUGGGACUUAUGGAUAUAUCGCACCAGAGUAUGCCCAGAAACUGGUGUUUACAGACAAGUGUGAUAUCUACAGCUUUGGGUUGAUUCUAGCUGCUCUGGUCACCGGAAAGCUCCCCACCGAUGGGUUUUUUCAGCACACAGAAGAGGUGUAUCCGGUGAUAUGGUUGAGAAAUAUGGUGAAUUCUGGGGACCCAAAACGAGCCAUUGACACUAAGUUGCUUGGGAAUGGGUAUGAGGAGCAGAUGGUUUUGGUUCUCAAGAUUGCUUGCUCUUGCACUGCUGAUGAUCCAAAAGAGCGGCCUAACAGUAAGAAAGUUAGGCGUAUGUUAAGUGAGAUCCAAGUUCAGUAUCUGUCUGUUAAUGGAAUUCUGGUGUUCUUUGCUUUGUAA